CAACAAUAAAAGCUUAUGUGAAGACAGAUCUUAAUAAAUCGCGCUUUGAUAACUCGUCGGGCGUUGUAAAAAAUAUAUUACAUAAAUCCGAGCAGAAUUAAGUGCGUGUUGAGAUUGCAGUUCCGUGUGCCGCGCAUAAUGAAGUCCCUAGCGGACACAGACUAUGCGACAGUUGGCCGCCCCCAAGGAAUGAUCAAAGCAAAACAGCCCAAUUAGCCAGCGGACAGACAUAGAGAAUGGUGGAGGAGAAAGAUUUUGAUGCAGUACGUCAUCAAAUGCACAAAAGUAAAGGCGUUGCGGAAGGCUAUUUACGUUAAGCAACAAACAACAGGCCGCAGGGAGCACAGCAGGCAGACCAAAAAGUCAGAGAAGUCAACAGUGGCAUUUGCAUUAUUCGAUGACGUUUAUCUAGAUGUUGUCGUUGCCGGCGCGCCUUGGCCUUACAACCAGCUAGCCAGCCAGUCACAGCUGUCUGCCGCAACUAUUAAUACAUCAGUGAGCAAGAAGAACGAGCGUUGCUCCGUACAAAUCUCAUAAAUGACAACAGAGCUGCAAACGCGCACAGUGGGGAUGAGCACAAUUAGAGCAAUGACAGUGAUAAACUAGCUAAUAAAAUAUGUAAAGCUUCACACGUUUACUUUUGAAAGCUUUAAGGGAAAUGCAAACCCAAGAAAUGUGAGUAUAUAUAACCAUAGGAGUCUCAAAUACGACUGGACACACAAGCACGGAAACGCAUUAAAAUGCAGCCAAGCAGCGCCGGCAGCGAAGAGCGCAUCACCAGCGCCACUAACAGUCCACGUUCCGCCCACAAAAGUGGCAGCACCCUCUUUGGAUUGUUAAGCAAACGCCCCAGCAAAGUCGAGCCACAUCCCAUAUCACCGGACUCACCCAGCGUGCAUCGACGCCCAGCCUCAGCAUGCGCCCAAUACGAUGUUAGUUUUGCCAAAUGCAAUACGGAUCAAGGAAUAAGUUCCAAUCACGUUGGUAACAAUCACAAGAGUCAAACUUUGCCUGCUGCUGUGCAUGGAAAUCACACAAGUGCCGCAGCUGCCGCCGUUGGCACCUCACUAGAAAAAUCGCACAGUGGUCUGAUUAGCUUUCACAGACGCACAAAACCCACUUCUAAGAGCAAAGAUCACCUGCAUCGCUAUAGCGCUGAUGCAGGCUCGCAAAGUGAUGGUGGCGCAGAUGUUGUAAUGCGUCGCAAAUCGCCUAAGCAUCGAUCCCCGAAUCACAAUCGCUUCAGUCAUCAGUUUAGUCUAUGCUGCAAGGCAGAAAAAAAGCCUAUGACACCACCAGUCACUGUUCGCUACAAUUCCAUACCAGAUGCUGGAGCUGGCAAUGUGUUGCGUCGCGACAACCUCUCCUUGAGUUGGAGCAUGGUAGACAAUAAUACUGGUUCGUUGCAUUCAAGUGAUGGCGGCACUUCGUAUCAACUGCCAGAGCUGCAUCGUGCGCAACGUCCGUCCAGUGAAUGUGCCAGUGCACCGGAAUCUCCGGUGGCCAGCAAGACCUUCUUUUCCCAAUGUGGCGCAGCGGCAAUUGCGCAAAACGCCCACAGCUCACCGUCCAGUUCAUCAAUCAAGAGCGAUACACUACAUCGUGCGCCAAUUCGUCCCAUCGCCGUCUCCGCUUGUCGCUCGCGUCUGCGUCUAAAGCUGUAUCCGCCGGGAAAAGAGUUGGCGCCCUUGAACGGGUCUUCAGAUGCCUCAACCGACAAUGCGACAGACAUUAAACGCGCAACCACACCGCAGCACAUGUCCUCACCAAACAUUGCUACCCAGCCUGAUGAUGUGCAUGACGAUGAACACAUGCGUGGCGAGCAGCCAAAUGUGCGUUUCAUGUCGCACGAGAAUAUGACACUGCAGCGUCAGGGCUCAGGCUCUAAUUUAGCGCGACAAGCCCUGGUGGCCGCUCAGUUGCUGAAUCUCAUACCAGCACAGCAAGCACGUGAACGUAGCUUUCUGGACGGACGCCUGGGUUCGUCAUCGCUCCUUGGCCCCAGCGAAUUGGCUCGUGUGUUGCCACAAAUGGAGGUUACAUGCUUUGUUGGCAGUUGGAACAUGAAUGGGCAUAGUCCACCAAAACAAAUGAAUGACUUUGUACUACCGGCAAAUAUAACGCACGUGCCCGACAUUGUGGCCAUUGGUACCCAGGAGUCAAGCCCUGAUCGCUUUGAGUGGGAAGCAACGCUUCAGGAGACCCUUGGUCCGUCCCAUGUGCUCUUCCACUCCACUGUACUUGGUACACUACAUUUGGCCGUUUAUAUGCGACGCGAUCUCAUCUGGUAUUGCUCGGCUCCCGAGGAUGCGUCCAUGUCUGUGCGCACAGGAUCCGCUUUUCGUACCAAAGGAGCUGUGGCUAUUUCGUUUUGCCUUUUUGGAACAUCCAUGCUAUUUGUCACCUCUCACCUGACGGCACAUCAGCAGAAGGUUAAGGAGCGCGUCUCGGAUGUCAAGCGCAUUAUACAUCACUUGGAUCUGCCCAAGAACCUUAAUUUGCGUCACAAGAACAAGGAUGUCACACAAAACUUCGACAAUGUUUUCUGGUGUGGCGAUUUAAACUUUCGAUUAGCCGAACCGCGGGAAAAACUUUUAGAAUGGAUACAGAACACAAAAUUUCCGCUGCCCUCACAUUUGCCUCACGGAUAUAUGCAUACCGAUCAAUUAUCCUCAGUACUGGCUGAGGGUGCAGCUUUUCAUGGCUUCAUGGAAGCGAACAUAACAUUUCCACCCACUUAUAAGUAUGAUCCAGGCACUCAACACUUCGAUACCUCGUCCAAGCAACGUGCGCCAGCCUACACUGAUCGUAUAUUAUAUAAAUAUAGGCAGGUUCAGGGUCUGGUCAUACGUCGUCAGAGCACGGUGCCCGGCGUUUCGACGCCCACCCAACCCCAUGUGCAAUGCUUGCUGUAUGAUUCGGUUCCUUCCAUAACUACGUCUGAUCACAAGCCUGUGUGGGCCCUGUUUCGAACGCUUAUACGCGCCGGCACUGAUGCCAUACCUCUGGCUGCAGGAUUGUUCAAUCGAGAUAUUUAUUUGGAGGGCAUGCGACGUCGCCUGAAUAAUCAAUACAGUGGUGCUUCCGCUGUGUGCGCUAUACAGUGAAUCCUCAACUAAUUGGGAUGAUAUGUACCAAUACCCCAGCUAUUAGCUUUUAGUGCAACACUAAAGAUAUUUUUAACCCAAUACUCAAAAAUUGUGCACAAAGGUGCACACGAAACUUAGUUAACCUCAUAAUCUGUAAUGAGCUAGUCAUAUUUACCAAAGCGUUGAAUUGUGUACCUCUGUUUAUAAAGUCAGUGUCUAAGAACUAUAUGCGAUAUCCCUAUGCUUGCCUAUGGUUGUGUGUGGCCUUUUCAAAAUAGUUCAGUACUGCUAAACGCAUUGCAAAAUAAUCGUAUGUUAUGCUAUUGGUGGUCUAGAUCAGCUAGCAGCUACUAUUUACAUGAUAUUUAUAUACGCUAUAUAAUAAGUUAGGUAUUAGGUGCUGCCUUUUUGCCUCGAGGCCUUAGUUGUAAAACGUUCCUUAUGAAAUGCAAACAUACUCAAAUAGCAACAACAGAACAAAUUACUUUUAACGCGCAUCAAAAGUCUAAAGUGAAAUUUAUAAUAUAGAGUA